AUGGAUAGACGGCGUUGUCGAGUGCCUCGGCUGAUUAGAGCCGACGGAAGCAGCAGGCUGUUGCUAAUUGCCAUCGUCGCUGCGACCCUCGUUGUCAUGGUGACGGCGGUCGAAGGGCUCGGUUGUCCACAGAAAUGUGUCUGCCAGCAGCGGACGGUGCGGUGCGUCAAGCAGCAGCUCGAUAACGUCCCGGAAAUGCCGCCCGAUACGAGCAUCAUAGACUUACGCUACAAUCACAUUCGAGAGGUACCAACCGGUGCAUUCGAAGGACUGCAGCAUUUGCAUACGAUCUUCCUGAACGAGAACCAGCUGACGAGGAUCCACUCCGGUGCAUUCCGGGAGCUGCCAUCGCUCAAGUAUCUGUAUCUCAACCGUAACCGUAUUGCCGCCAUUGCACCGGAUGCAUUCAUUUCGCUGAACCGUCUGCACAGCAUGUACUUACACUUCAACAAUCUCACAAGCCUGGAACCACAAACCUUCACCGAUAUGCCGACCUUGGAACGCCUCUAUUUGCAUGGUAACCAAAUUAAGCACAUUCCGGAGGGAAGCUUCGGUCUGUUGCCGGCCCUCCGGCGCCUUCGUCUCGACGACAACGCCCUCGAGUGCGGCUGUUCGCUGCUCUGGUUCUUCCGGACGCUGCAGCAACCGAACCGGAAGUCGCUGGUGGCCGGUGCAACCUGCGCUACGCCACCCGCCCUCGAGGCCCGGCCAAUUAGCACCAUCAAGGAGGAGGAUCUCCAAUGCGCCAAACCGGAAAUUGUCGCCCAACCGAGGGACAUCGAGAUAAGCUACGGGCAGACGGCCGUUUUCAGCUGCAAGGCAUCGGGCGAUCCCCGGCCGGAUAUUGUGUGGCUGGCGAACGACAACCAGCUUCGACCGGACUCGGACAGCCGGAUAACACUUCUGCCCGAUGGCUCGCUGCGCAUCGACGAGGUCGUGCCGUCCGAUGCCGGCCAGUAUCGGUGCAACGCACGGAACGUUCUUGGUGAGGCAGGUUCCAGAGUCGCCCGACUGACGGUCAACAACGAGGUGAUGGAGAGUGAGGCCGAGGCCCCGAAGUUCCUCCGCACACCGACCGACCACCUCGAGCUGCUCGAGGAUGACCCGAUCGUGCUGGACUGUGUCGUUACCGGGGCCCCAACGCCAAGCAUUCUAUGGCAAUUCAACGGCGACAACAUCCAGAACGGACGCAUCAAACUCUUCGGCAACGGGUCUCUAAUUUUACCGGUUUCGACACUUGACGAUGGUGGCGUCUACACUUGCUAUGCCGGGAACGCUCUCGGCAACAUAUCGGUAAACGUAACGGUCAUAGUGAACGCUCGACCGCUUGCCAGCACGAGUUUGCCUGCAGCAUCCGCAACAACGCACUCCCCGGUAACAGUACGCCCGCCGGACCACGCCGCCGCCGCCACAUCGACGCCAUCCACUAACAGUGCUACCCCGCUUCCGAAACCGACGAACAAACCGACCGACGCCGGCCAACCCGUUCCGACGGGGGCCGCCAAUGCAGAACCGGAAGCGCCACCGAGAAUCGUCCUCGGGCCGGAAAAUCAAAACGUGAAAAUCGGCACCACCCUGACGUUGGAGUGUGAGGCGGACGGAAACCCACUGCCGCACAUCUGGUGGAAAAAGGACGGCCUUCCGGUGAACGAAACGAGCCAAGUCUUCUUCAGCGACGAUGCGAUCGAGCUAACGAUUGACCAUGUGCAGGAGUCGGACUCAGGUACGUACGUUUGCGUGGCCGAGAAUGAGCUGGGCAUUGCCGAGGUCGAGGCUGAAGUGGUCGUCAUCAACGAGGGUCCUCCACGGUUUCUCUUCGAGCCGUACGAUCUGGACGCCAUCGAGGGCACCACCAUCGAGAUGCCCUGCAAGGCGGAGAACGACGAUAUACUGCAGAUCAAAUGGCAGAAGGAAGGUCGAACGAUAACGCCGAAGGACAAGGACAAGUACCGUAUAUCAUCCGCCGGCAGUCUGUUCGUCUCCAACAUCACCGAGCUGGACGUCGGACGGUACGAGUGCUCGCUGUUGAACAAAUAUGGCCGAGCGACGGCUAGCGGCAUGCUGACGGUGAAGAAAAAGGCGGAAGCGCUGCCGGGAGAUCAGUACGUGCGCAUAGCAAUUGCCGAGGCUUCGCGGGAGGUGGAUAUGGCCAUAAAUCAAACCAUCGGGCGAAUGUUUGGGGCGGGCCCGAACGCUACCGUCCGCUACCAUGGGGAUCUGUUCCGCAUCGUGCGCUUCCCGACGGGUCCGGCCCGGGAGUUGGCGCGGGCAGCCGAGGUGUACGAGCGAGCGCUGGUCAUCAUCCGGCGGCAGGUGGAAGCGGGCGCCAAUCUUACCACCAACACCACGGACUUCAACUACCGGGAUCUGCUUUCGCCGGAAUAUUUGGACCUGUUAGAGCAACUGUCGGGGUGUAUGGCGCACCGAGUUACCCCGAACUGCUCGGAACGAUGCUUCCACGGCAAGUUCCGUUCGCUCGACGGUACGUGCAAUAACUACCAGCAUCCGACCUGGGGAUCCUCGUUGACCGGCUUCCAGCGAUUGUUGCCACCGACGUACGAGAACGGGUUCAACAGCCCGGUGGGAUGGAACCGAACGGCACGGUACUAUGGCCACCCGAAGCCGAGUGCCCGUCUCAUCUCGACCAGUCUGAUAGCGACGGCUAGCGUAACACCGGACGACCGUAUCACGCACAUGGUGAUGCAGUGGGGCCAGUUUCUCGAUCACGACCUCGACCAUGCCAUCCCCUCGGUGACGUCGGAAAGCUGGGACGGGGUGGACUGUAAGAAGACGUGCGAGUACGCCGCACCCUGCUAUCCGAUCGACGUUCCGGCCGAUGACCCACGCAUCCGCAAUCGGCGGUGCAUCGAUUUCGUGCGCUCGAGUGCCGUCUGUGGUUCCGGCAUGACAUCCAUCUUCUUCGGGAGUGUACAACCGCGCGAGCAGAUCAACCAGCUGACCGCGUUCAUCGACGCCUCGCAAGUGUACGGCUACACGGAACUGUUCGCCCGGGAACUACGGAACCUCACCACGGACGGUGGGUUGCUGCGUGAUGGUGCCCACUUCCCCGGCCAGAAGCCACUGCUACCGUUCUCCGCACCGACCGACGGUAUGGACUGCCGGCGAGAUUUGGACGAGAGUCAGAUCAACUGCUUCACCGCCGGCGAUAUCCGGGUGAAUGAACAGCUCGGGCUGACGGCGAUGCACGUGAUCUGGAUGCGUGAACACAACCGACUGGCCGAGGAGCUGCAUCGGGUCAAUCCACACUGGGAUGGCGAUCGGUUGUACCACGAGGCACGGAAGAUUGUGGGCGCCACGAUGCAACACAUCACCUACAGUCACUGGCUGCCGCUGGUGAUUGGCGAUCGGGGUAUGGCCCAACUCGGCCCUUACCAAGGCUACGAUCCGUCCGUAUAUCCAGCUAUCUACAACGAGUUCGCAACGGCCGCGUUCCGUUUCGGCCAUAGUCUCAUCAACCCGAUACUGCACCGGUUGAAUGAAUCCUACCAACCCGUCCCGCAGGGUCACCUGCCCUUGCAUAAGGCAUUCUUCGCCCCCUGGCGGUUGAUGUACGAGGGAGGUGUGGACCCCCUGCUGCGUGGACUCUACAGCGUGGCGGCGAAGCUCAAGAAACCCGACCAGAAUCUCAACACCGACCUCACGGAACGUCUGUUCGAGGUGGCGCAUGCUGUCGCACUCGAUCUGGCAGCCAUCAACAUCCAGCGGGCGCGCGAUCACGCCAUCCCCGGCUACAACGAGUACCGGAAGCUGUGCGGCCUAAAGGUGGCCACCGAUUUUGACGAUUUGCGGGAAGAAAUUUCCGACCCGGCGGUGCGAAAGAAGCUCGAGCAGCUGUACGGACACCCGGGUAACAUUGACCUUUGGGUGGGUGGAAUUCUGGAAGAUCAACUUCCCCGCGCUAAGAUGGGACCACUGUUCGCGUGCAUCUUGGUACGCCAGUUCCGGGCGCUCCGUGCUGGCGAUCGUUUCUGGUACGAAAACGACGUGUUCCGGCCGGAGCAGUUGGCGGAAAUCAAACGUGCAUCGCUGGCCCGUGUCAUCUGUGACAAUGGUGACAACAUUACCACCGUCACCGGCAACGUGUUCAUACUGCCAGCCCAACAGGGUGGCUACCAGCAGUGCAAGGACAUUCCCCAGCUCAAUCUCGACCACUGGGUUGACGCGCGGGACGACCAGUGCACUCCUACGCCUCCUUCCCAACGGAAGCGUCGCUCGGUGGCACGGGUGCGACGUGCCCUACCUCUGAACGAUAAGCAAACGGGCGGUGACGUACUGCGGGAUCACGAGCUGCAGGUGCAAGGCUCGAAGCAGGAACACUACGCCUUAAACGACAACCAUCUCGAGCCACCGGUGGACGAUACUUCGUUCGUGGACGAUGACAUGAACGAGGAGCGGAUCGAGGGUCUGGAGGCGCUGAUCGAAAGCUUCCAGAAAUCGAUGAAACAGAUGCGCCGCAAAAUUCGACGCCUGGAGCAGCAGUGCUCGGCCGCGGUUCUCGCGGUGGCGGCGGUCACAAACGGUAACGCGGCCCCGGGCGCAGCCAACCCGAGCAAAGGGAAACCGCACGGCCAUUGCGUCGACAGCAAGGGCAUCAAGCGGCUGAACAACGAAAUCUGGAUGCGAGACGAUUGCACCAAGUGCGAGUGCGAACAUCACCAGAUCAGCUGCGAGACGGAAAAGUGCGCCGAGCUGAUCUGCGAGAACAAUCUGGUGCUGGUGAAGGAGGAGGGCAAAUGCUGCGCGGCCUGUGCCGUCGCGGAUGAUAACGGCACCGUGGCCACGAUCAGUAAGGAUGGGCAGUGAGGCGAUAACACUCACUCGGGUCUUUUAUGGUGAGUUUGGAAGAAUUGAUCAAAUCAAACCUCUUUCCAUCGAAGGAUGCCAUGGACCAUCCUUCCCGCUUGGACACGAGUGGAAGCUAUAUAGCUGGUAAUAGCGAAAACUCGUUCCGGCCCAGGUCCGAAUGUCGGCAUGAAAACUAGACAAACUAAUUCAUAGAUACGAAAAAAUAUAUCUCCAAACAUGAUGCAUGGUUCGUGAUUCGUAAAGUUUAGUUCACUCGCUCUAGAAAAGUGUUAUUUAAACAAGUAUUUUCCCUUCCCAACCGUAGGUUGAAACUGUAUUUAAUUUGAAAUCUGAUUUUCUCCCUUGCCCUUGCUUCUAUUUAAAUUUCGACUAUGAAGUUUUUCCUUAUUUUCCAUUCAAAAAUAAGUUUCCUGUAAACAUGCAUCGUUUAAUAGUUGUGUUUUCAUCUUUCUUUUUUUGUAUUGUGACCAUGCCGGUUCACAGAUUGAGCACAAAACAGCAUCCAAUUCACGUACGUUCAUAGUUAAACCAAGUAAACACGUAGCCAACAAUUUACUGCAGUUUUGCGAAACUAGGUUUUAGCAAUAUUAGUACCUUUUGGAGUCAACCUUUAGUGAUAACAUUUCUCCGUUGAUGAUACACAUUUUUGCGGAUUAAUUAUCCAUCAUACCAUGAGGCAGUGGGGAACUAAAAACAAACCCAGAUAAACGAACGCAGUCCUCGACAUUAAGUCAAAUUUUUAGGAUAUAAAGGCAGUGGUGAGGAUAGAAAGUAGUGGCCAUUCGUGCGUGGAGAGGACAGGAAAAAAACCUAUUCACUCACUAAACCGAUACGCAUCUCGGUGCCAAAUGAGGACGAUUGACCUUGCCACUGUGGCACAGUGCAUAUCGUAGGACUGUACCGGCUGCAAGAACUCCGCAUACUCUAUCGACUCGACAACUACUUACUGUAAAUACUUUUUUAAACGUUCAAAUUACCAUUAACUUUAAAAAAAAAAACAAAGAGAAAAAUCUUAGAAACUGUAACCCGCAACCGGCAUCC